AUUUUGAAAAAUAUUUUGACCAUAAGGCAGUUAUUACGCUCAGGCCUCGUUUGGUUUACGGAAAAAAUAGUAGAGCAUUGUUUUCUUUCGGUGCCACAAAACCCAGUUUGACAGGUUUCAUUUGUUUGGUCAGCUGUGGGUGUUUCAAAAAAAAGAAAAUGGUUUCAUUGUCUUAGGGAAAAACGGCCCUUCAUGAAUGAGGGUAUUCCAUUCACUUGUGAAUGCUUUGCGCAAGGUGUCGAUAACCCACUGCAGGGAAAUCAAGUUAGGAGCCUUGGCAGACGUUUACUGUGCGAACAAUAUCCUAAACUUGUACGCGAGAUGUCAACACUUGUGCCUUGCCCACCAGGUGUUCGACGAAAUGCCCCAGAGAGACACCGUGUCUUGGAACACCAUUAUUGCUGGAAAUGUGAACUGCGGGGAGUUCGAGGCGGCGUGGGAGAUACUAAGAAGCAUGAGAAGAUGUGGGUUUGAUUUUGAUGGGUAUACAUUUGGAAGCAUACUUAAGGGUGUCGCUUGUGCUCUUCGAUACGAUCUUGGGCAGCAAGUGCAUUCCUUGGUUGUUAAGGUAGGUUAUGCCAGUAAUGUUUAUUCUGGAAGUGCUCUUUUGGACAUGUACGCGAAAUGUGGGAGAGUCGAGGAUGCAUAUGUGGUCUUUGAAUCAUUGCCGCAACGCAACUCUGUUUCGUGGAAUGCACUCAUUGCUGGUUACGUGCAAGCAGGUGAUCGCAGCACGACGUUUUGGCUAUUACAUUGUAUGGAGCAGGAGGGUAUGCAGCUGGAAGAUGGCACAAUCGCUCCACUUUUGACAUUGCUUGAUGAUGCUGAGUUUUAUGAGUCCUUAGUACAGAUUCAUUGUAAAAUUAUUAAACAUGGGCUGGGAUGUGAAAGUACGGUCUGCAAUGCCACAAUCACUUCCUAUUCAGACUGUGGGUCAAUAGAAGAGGCCGAAAGAGUGUUUGAUGGUUCUUUUGGUAAAAGAGAUUUGGUGACAUGGAAUUCCAUGCUAGCAGCGUACUUGGUUCACGGAAAAGAACAACUUGCUUGCAAACUCUUCUUGGACAUGCAAAGGCUUGGGUUUGAACCAGAUAUCUACAGUUAUACUAGCAUCAUCACUGCUUACUCUGAAGAGGUACACAAGAAUCAUGGGAGAUCCUUUCAUGGACUGGUCAUAAAAAGGGGACUAGAAAAAUCAGGACCAAUCUCUAAUGCGUUAAUUGCUAUGUAUCUCAAGUGGAGUAACAAUUCCUUGGAGGAAGCACUACAUAUCUUUGAAUCCUUGGAGUUUAAGGACCGUGUUUCUUGGAACUCCAUUUUGACUGGGUUUUCGCAGAAUGGAUGGAAUGAAGAUGCCUUGAGAUUAUUUGGGCAUAUGAGAUAUGGAGAGGUGGAGGUUGAUCAUUAUGCCUUCUCAGCUGUACUUCGGUCUUGCUCAGAUUUAGGAACCCUCAACCUGGGUCAACAGGUUCAUGCUUUGACACUUAGAUCAGGGCUUGAAUCCAAUGAGUUUGUAGCUAGUUCUUUGAUCUCUAUGUAUUCCAAGUGCGGGAUCAUUGACGAUGCUAGAAAAUCGUUUGAAGAGACUCCUAAAGAUAGCGCAAUCACUUGGAAUUCAAUAAUUUUUGGAUAUGCACAAAAUGGGCAGGGAUAUGUUGCACUGGACCUCUUCUCCCAAAUGAAGAAGGAAAAGGUGAAACUUGAUCACAUAACAUUUGUGGCAAUUCUAACUGCUUGUAGCCACAUGGGUUUGGUUGAACAAGGAUGCAAGUUUCUAAAUUCUAUGAAGUCUGAAUACACAAUUGCACCACGAAUGGAGCAUUAUGCUUGUGCAGUAGAUCUAUAUGGGCGCGCUGGGCAUCUAGAUAAGGCAAAAGCCUUGAUUGAAGAAAUGCCAUUUGAACCUGAUGCAAUGGUGUGGAAGACUUUACUGGGUGCCUGCAGGGCUUGUGGCAAUAUUGAAUUAGCGAGUCAAGUAGCAGACUAUCUGCUAGUGCUAGAGCCUGAAGAGCACUGCACUUAUGUUCUUCUUUCUGACAUGUAUGGACAUCUUAAAAGGUGGGAUGCUAAAGCUAGUGUAAAGAAGCUUAUGAGGGAAAGGGGUGUUAGGAAAGUCCCUGGUUGGAGUUGGAUAGAACUCAACAAUGAGGUGCAUGCAUUUAAAGCUGAAGAUCAUUCACACCCUCAGUGUGAAGAGAUAUAUUUUGUAUUGCGAAUUCUAAUGGAGGAAAUCAAAAGGCUGGACAUUGUUGCUAAUCUAAAACAGUUUGGGUGAGGGAGAUGAAGGUGGGACUUGAGGAGGUGUGGGAGUUAGAAAUACCCAGUUGCUAACUGCACCAUUGGUCAACUUUUAGAGGAGGGACUUCAAUUUAACAGGUUAUUUAGCUACGUACUAAAAUUAUGCCUGGCGAGGCAGUACUUUCAAAUUCUUUCUGCCCAAUGAGAGACGACUAUUGUGCCCUUGCUCAAUUUUCUCCAGAUUCGAGUUGUCUUCUUCCAGGAAAUUGAGUUCUUACUUUUGCGAACAAAAUAAAGAUGGUAUGUCAUUUCCAGGCUCUGUUAAGACUGAAAGGAUUCUAGGCAAGUUGACGAUCUAGAAUCAUAUGACAUUUGUCACAUUGAUUUGGAAACGCAGAAGGUGGCAGUGUAAGGUAAAUGUUCAAUCCGGAGACAGUUGCAAAACUGUCAAGAAGAUUACCAAUUGAAAAGGAGAGCUCACAGAACUUGAAAAUUGAAGCAAAGCCUGCAAGAAGCUACGGCUGGUGCAUAGAGUUUUUUCUAUUUACAUUGUUUUUAAGUGUUUAUCAUGCAUGAUCUCCUUGAUAUGUCAUUAUAUCUGUCAAAAUUUGGUGAACUUGAAGCCUUGUAAACUAUAAAGUAUUCAUUGAACAUCAUUCCUACAUAAAUAAUGGAAGAGUGAGAUUUGGCUGACC